UCCAAGUCCUUCUGUGAGAGAAAAUUUUUUAAUUUAGCAAUGGACCUUAGAUGAAAAAAGCUUCAUUUAACAACAGCAUUUAUCUGCUUAUCAAAUAAUAAGUCAGAAUAAAAGAUGACACCCAAGUUCUUAACUCUAUUGUGCAUGGUUAAAGACAAAGUACCUAACUGAUUUUCAAUGUCAGCAAUACAUAGUGUCCCCUUGACACCAAUGCCCUGUGAAAAAACUGCCCCUACUACACACUGUUUGGGUUACACCAAUUUGUGACCUUUCCGUUUGAUUUGUUUGGGGCCCGGCUAAGUUUCAGCAUCUAAUGGACAGUGUUGUAUUACAAAUUUAUUAAAUGUUUAAUUUAGGUUCCAAUACAAUAGUAUAUAAACUGAGAAAUUUUAGUAGAUUGAAUUCAGUAUUUGAGGUAUAAAUGAUGUCACAGACCUGCCUGUCAGGAUUUCCAGCAAGAGAUUCCUGCCUGUCCUGAUCUCUCUAUUGUAAGUUAAAUUAAUCGGAUUGCUGAGACUGUCACCUUUUGUCUUUAAAUGUCUCUUGGAGCCCCUGACCCAGUCGUUGAAUAGUCCGGCUGAUUAGAUUAGUUUCUGUGCAUUCGAAUCACACUGUUAUGCUGAUGAGAUCAGGGCUGGGGAAUUUCAGGUAACGAGUUGACUCCUGUACCUCAUUUACAUGCUUUGUUUCAGAGUGUCUCCACCUCUAUGUAAAUCCCUCACCCUUGAAAGGUAUAAAACUCUAUCGUACGAGUUAUUGAGUUAGACUUGGAUGACUACAGAGAUGCAACAGCAACUUCUCAAUAAAGAGUAAAUUCUGCUUAAAAGAUAUCCCAACGUCUCCUGUCUCUGCUUCGACGACAAAGAAAAAGUUUACAACAACAGGAUACUCCGACCGCACUCCGUGUAUGCCGCUGCCUACUUGGAUGAUAUUGUUAUCUUUAGUAGUGAUUGGCAGCAGCACAAGCAGCAUCUGAGGGCAGUUCUGAGGUUGCUGUGGCAGGCAGGGCUCACAGCAAACCCGAAAAAAUGCACAACUGGAUGGGUGGAGGUACGGUAUCUGGGGUUCCACUUGGGUCAUGGGCAAGUGCGGCCCCAAAUUAAUAAAACCGCAGCAAUUGUGUCAUGCCCAAGACCCAAGACCCAAAAGGAGGUGAGACAGUUCCUGGGGCUGGCUAUUAUCAAAGGUUUGUUCCUAAUUAUUCAGACUUCACCAGUCCGCUGACUGAUCUCACUAAUAAGGGAGCUCCAGAACCAGUCCAGUGGACAGAGCUGUGCCAACAAGCUUUCACACAGGUAAAAGCAGCACUUUUUGGCAGAAAGCUUCUGCAUUCCCCUUCCCACUUCUCUCUCCCUUUUGUUUUGCAGAUGGAUGCAUCAGACAGGGGGCUGGGUGCUGUACUGUCCCAGGUGGUGGAGGGGUAGGAGCGCCCCGUGCUGUACAUUAGUCGGAAGCUCUCUGUGAGAGAGACAAAUUACAGCACCAUAGAGAAGGAUUGCAUCCUCACUCACCGCUACUAUUUGCUGGGACGGGCGUUCACCCUUUUGUUCGGACCAUGCCCCGCUCCAAUGGCUCCACCGCAUGAAGGAUGCCAAUGCUCGCUUCACCCAUUGGUAUCUGGCACUCCAGCUGUUUAAGUUUGAGGUGAUCCACAGACUGGGGGCGCUGAUGGCUGUCGCAGACUUCCUCUCUAGGAAGGGGGGAGUGGGCAGGCCGGACUGUUCCCCCAAUCUGAGUCGGGUGGUGGAAUUAUGUGGAGAUGAGGGCUUGGCCAAGCAUUCAUCUGUGGAGAGAGGAAUCGUUAAGGGUUUUCACAUGAAGAAAUGAAUUGCGGCUAAUUGUGAAUUCUAUGUUUACAGUGAGAGGAGUAAUCUGUGUUUGAGAUUGUGGAUCAUGGAGAGACUACAGGAGAUGAUCAUGACAGUCUCACAGGAGUUGAGCUGCCAUACUACAUCACGAAGGGUUGCAGAACAUCUGGACCAACAUGAUGAUCUAAGCCACCUGCGACAGGAGUUCUUCAUCCCCAAAAUAUCUGACCUACCUCCGUCGGAUUUGUCUCUUGUGGAUGGCUCUGAAGAUUGUGUUUAUUUUGUGGGGAAUUCACUCGGUCUGCAGCCAAAAAGCGCUAAGAAAUAUAUCGAUGAGGAGUUGGAGAAAUGGGCAAAAACGGGCAUUCAUGGUCACACUGAGGGGUCACGACCUUGGGCCUGGGCCGAAGAAAACCUGGAGAGUCAGAUGGCAAUGGUCGUAGGUGCUAAACCUGAGGAAGUGGCUCUGAUGAAUGGCUUGACAGUCAAUUUGCAUCUUCUGAUGCUUUCCUUCUACAACCCGACUCCAAAACGGCACAAAAUUCUUCUUGAGGACAAGGCCUUCCCGUCAGACCACUACGCCGUUGAAUCUCAGAUCCGCCUCAGAGGAUAUAUUCCGGCUGAUAGCAUGCUUCUCAUUAAACCCAGACAGGGAGAAGACACUAUCAGAAUGGAGGAUAUGCUGUCAGUCAUUGAGCGUGAGGGAGAGGUGAUUGCUGUGAUCAUGCUCAGUGGAGUUCAGUAUUACACCGGUCAGUUCUUCGACAUGCAAGCCAUCACGAAAGCAGGACACGGCAAGGGAUGUUUUGUAGGUUUUGAUUGCGCACAUGCUGUGGGUAACGUAGAACUGCGACUUCAUGACUGGAAUGUGGAUUUUGCUUGUUGGUGCUCUUAUAAGUAUGUGAAUUCAGGAGCUGGUGGUUUAGCAGGUGCAUUUAUACAUGAAAAACAUAUUUACACCAUCAAACCAGCGCUGUUGGGCUGGUGGGGUCACAACCUGAAAACCAGAUUUCACAUGAACAAUGAAAUGGAGCUUCAGUCUGGUGUAAAUGGAUUCCGCCUGUCAAACCAGCCCAUCUUAUUGGUGUGCCCCCUACAGGCCAGUCUAGAGAUUUUUAACAAGACGAGCAUGAAGGACUUGAGGAGGAAGUCAGUGUUGUUGACAGGGUAUCUGGAGUUUCUCAUCAAACAUUACUACUGUAAAGACGAGUUCCAACCUGACAAACCGUUCGUUGACAUCAUCACGCCCUCUGACCCCGAGCAGAGGGGCUGUCAGCUCUCGCUGUCUUUCUCUCUUCCAAUCAAAGCUGUGUUUAAAGAGCUCGAGAGGAGAGGAAUCGCUUGUGACCUGAGGGAACCGAAUAUCCUGCGGAUCGCUCCAGUGCCUCUCUACAACACCUUCACUGACGUGCACCGCUUCAUCACUGUACUGGGAUCAGCUCUGAGCGCCACUGAAAAACUCCACUGCAGCUAACGCGUGUGUUUUCGUUGGCUGUUAUUACUGCUCAUCUAGUUACAAAAGGACUGUCAGUGUCUAGCUGACUAUUACUGAUCAUUAUAUAUCACUUUUAUGUGCUGCAGUGAAUAAAAAUUACAAUCCAUAAUUCAGCUUGUGUUCUGAGGGAUUUCAAAGGGAUUUGGUUUGUGUUAAUGAUUACAAUGAUAUAAAGCACUUGAGUCUAUGACAAAUGGUCUAGGAGUUAUUAGCAGAUAUGUGUUUUUGUUUGAUGUAGCGCCCCCUAUUGACCGAUUUGGCCGAGUCCGUGUUUCUGAGUAGCGAGCAAUACUACUACCAUCUGACCAAGUUUCAAGUCUCUAGGCCUUAGGGCAUGCUCUGUCCGAUCAAUUUUAUGGUGGAAUAAUAAUAAUAAAUAUAGCUGCAAGCAGCAAUGACGGGCCCAAGCGCAAUGGGUCCAUUUCCACUCUGUGGCUUCCGUAAAACAAAGCAUGAUGGUCACAGCUACAACUCAACAUUAAUGUAACCCAAAACAUACAAUGUGUAAUAGAUAUAUGCCACCAUUCCAGUUUGACUACAACUUCAUGUAAUUUAAUCCACUGCCAUGACAACAUUAUUAAAGUGACAUUUCCUUUCACCAGUUGGGGGCGCUACAGUUUAGGAUGAGCUCCCAAACCUGAUGGUUUGUAAAGCUGCAUAUCUCAGCAACUACAGUCCGAGUGAAAACAGCAAGGAAAAGUAAAUUUCUCGCAACAUCAUAUUGAAGGUUGACUUCACAGCUUGAUGCACGCUACCUAGGGUCAAUACCAAAUGGAUGGCUAGGAUUAAAGGGGAGAGGUUUUGGUGCCUGUGAAUCGCUGUCAGAGUACGAGGGAUAAGACACAGUGUCAGGGAAGCGUUUACGCUUUCUAGCUGACUUGGGACCAGUGCGAGAAUGGCCAGCCAUACCCAAAAUAAUAUGAGUAACAGUGUUAGUGUUACUGUGAGAAUCAGUCAUAUGAGAAAUAGAAACAAACAAUACAGACACAUUCAUAUACACCCAGUUUAGGGCUGCACGAUUUUAGCACAAAUCAUAAUUGUCGAUUAUUGCCUUUGAUAUUGUAAUCGCGAUUAUUAAUGUCCAUUAAAAUAUUACCGUGAUGUCACAAAGUAAACAACCGUGUGGUUCUUCAGAGAAGCAGAUUUCAAUGGUAGAUAUGAGCUGCGCUCCAGUUUCUUUUAAGCAUUAUAAUGUAUUGUAUUAUAUAUUGUAGUAAUGUUUGUUAAGGUAAGACAAAUAAAAACCUAUUUUAAGUGGAUGUCUAUG